AUGUGCCCUUUGAGAUUUAUAUUGGUUUUCUUCUCGGCAGCAUUGGCUGGGUACCUGGCCUGGAAAACGGUGACUUCUGCAGAUGAACCCAACAUCACAAUCAUCACACCAGAUGACUCGACCCUCGAAAAGAAAGAAAUUGAGAAGCCACGAUUUCAAUUUCUCAAGAUGAUGAAAAACGGGUUCUGGGUAUUCAUUGACAUGGCUAGCGGGCGAUACCUUUGGAGGAACGUCAAACAAUUGAACAGCUGCAGCCUGCAGCCAGCAUGUUGA